AAUCAAUACUGGUUGGCGUCAAAGUCAAGGAUACGAAAACUCAAAAUUAGUUAUAACACAUUCCAAGUUUAGUGGUUUCUUUCUUCAUCGUCAUUCUAUUGUAUUUGUAGAAUCCAUACUCUAUAUUAAUAUAAUUAUUUAUUUGUAAUUAUUUUCAAAGACGUGAAAACCGGAUUUUCACGGUUAUAAUUAUUAUUAUCGGGCGGUUUGUUACCAAACCGGGUCUCCGGCUAAGAUUGGUGGGGUCCACCUAAACUGAAUUCUGAAGCCGGAGAGAUGGAUCUAUCCGUUCACCAGCGUCCUUUAUUUUCGGACCGAGUAACGGUCAACGGCACCGUAACGCCGCUCGCUCUUCUCGCCGACGGUAGACUCUGGUGGUCGGAAGGGAUCCAACGCUGUCUCUCCGUCGAAAAAGAAGUAAUCGGAUUCGUCACUAAUGGACCCUGCAUCAAACUCAAAACACUCGUCGAGGCUCGAGACGGUUGCUGCACCACCGGUGCCGCUGGAAGACUCGUUCGUAACGACGUCGUUUUUAAACCCUCGUCGGAGGAAUCGCAUAGGCUCUGGUGUCAGAAGCUUCGCGAAUUCAUCGAUUCUCUCGGUCGACCUAAGAGGUUACUUGUUUUUGUGAAUCCGUUCGGUGGGAAAAAAUCUGCUGUGAAGAUUUUGUAUGAACAAGUCAAACCUCUUCUUGAAGAUGCUCAAAUUGAACUCACUAUUCAAGAAACUCAACAUCAGCUCCACGCCAAGGAGGUUGCUCGUUCGGUGGAUAUUACAAAGCACGAUGGAAUUGUUUGUGUUAGUGGAGAUGGAAUUUUGGUUGAGGUUGUAAAUGGGCUUCUACAAAGAGAUGAUUGGGAAACAGCAAUAAAGAUGCCCCUUGGAGUAGUUCCUGCAGGUACGGGAAAUGGCAUGGCAAAAUCUCUGCUUGAUUCAGUCGGUGAUCCUUGUGCAGUGGCCAAUGCAGUUCUUGCCAUUAUACGAGGCCAUAAGCGACAGCUUGAUGUGGCUACCAUCGCACAAGGGGAAACCAGAUUUUUCAGUAUAUUGAUGCUUGCAUGGGGUCUAAUUGCUGAUAUUGACAUUGAGUCUGAAAAGUAUCGGUGGAUGGGAAGUGCUCGUCUAGAUUUUUAUGCUCUCUGUCGAUUCUUCAAUAUGAGGCAAUACAAUGGAUCUGUUUCUUUUGUACCUGCACCUGGGUUUGAGUCUUACGGGGAGUCAACUAGUUACCCUGGCAAAUCCACUAUCAAAGGGAACAACAGCGAUCCAAGUGAAGGGGAACAUUUUAAUUUGCAAACACAUUGUUAUCAAGGACCUGAAGUAGACUUGGAAAACCUGAAUUGGAGAGUUAUAACUGGACCCUUUAUUAGUGUCUGGCUUCACAAUGUACCUUGGGGUGCUGAGGAUACAAUGGCAGCACCUGAUGCAAAGUUCUCUGAUGGUUAUCUAGACCUGAUCAUCAUGAAGAAUUGCCCAAAGUUACAAUUGCUGUCAAUGAUGUCAGAGUUGAAUAAUGGAGGACACGUGAAAUCUCCAUAUGUCACGUACCUGAAGGUGAAAGCUUUUAUCUUGGAACCUGGUCCCCGCACCAAGGACCAAGAGAAGGAAGGGAUCUUAGAUUCUGAUGGUGAGGUUUUGGCAAGAGGGAAAGGAACCUACAAGUGUGAGCAGAAGUCUUUGAUGUCCUAUGAUAAAUUGCAAAUAACAGUGGAUAAAGGUUUAGCUACACUUUUUGCCCCUGUAUAAUACACUUCUUGGUUUAAUUUUUUUCAUACGUGGGCACAUUCCACUCCAUGCGAUACCGUACACAGUUCACACGUUGGUAACAGAACCUUCCAUGGGUUAUUUAUCCUGUACAGCACCAUAUAUAUAUAUAUAUAUAUAUAUAUAUUGGAUAUCAAGUUUCCUUUGCAACACCAAAUUGGUGGGGGUCAAAUUUUUAUAAUUUUGAAUUCUUAAGAUGUAGAUUAUUUUAUUUUUUCACUCUUUUCUGGAGUGAAAAGUGAUAACACAAGAUUUAACUUCUCUAAAGGCAAUGAUACAUAUUGUAGUUGAAAAAUAAACUAGAGAUUACAAUAAUAUGUAUCAUUGCUAUGUAUGUAGUUAUGUACACAUGGAUAUCAAACCACGAACUUGUUGAAAGAUUAGAGGCACCUGCAUCCAUCACUUCUGAGAAGCUAUAUUCGAAAAACAUUCAACUGUUGUCUUUAUGCCCACUUGAAACCAAUUCAAGCGUGCAUAUAUAGGUUGUGACAUACAUAUUUUGGAUUGGCACUAUUUGUGCUUGAACUGAUUCUACGUUAUGGUUUGUACCUCAAAGGAAAAUUAAACAAACAAAUAUUUUUCCACUUGGUGGAGUUGGUUAUAUUGACAGAAUAAUAUUAUAAUGUUA